CCACUUCUGAAGCACCUUGGUUAAAACAGGGGACAAUAAAGGUCUCUGAAACCACUUCCUUCAUGGUUUUCCUUUAAAUGUCUUUGAUGUGAAAUGGGCCUGAGCCACUCUAAGGCUCACCCUAGGGGAACCAAAGUAGCACCUUUGCAAAACAAAGAAGAGAUUCCAGAAACUCCAGUGGACUUGUCAUUCAGUCAGAGCCUGGAAGAAAAGAGUUCGUACUCAUUUGCUGGACUUCAGUACCAGAGUAAAGCUUUGGAAGGAGAGCUGCCACCUCUACGGGAGAGCUGGUAUGGAAGAUAUUCAGCAGUGCCUAGGGCCAUGUAUUUUGACAUCCCACUGGAACGGGGCGAAACAAGUAUUAUUAAGAGACAUCCACCCCGAAGACUUCAAGUAAGAUGAAUUUAAAAAGCUUCAUAGGAAUUUCUUGGAUUUAAUGGUAAUAUCCCUUUUUAACUAUAAUUAUGAAAGAGGGAUCUUAAGAAUGAUCAAGAUAAUAAGAAUUCUAUUAAAGAGAAUGUCAGUUGCAAAGACUUUUUUUCUUUAUAAUUUCCCUGUGUAGUGAUUUUAAUAUUAAUUUGACCAGUGUCAAAAAAAGAAAAUACUGUACCAAAGUUAUGGUAAACCUCAAGAGACUAGAAUCUUGCACUCAUUAGUUGGAAUAGUAUGAGGAAAUCAAUGGUG